UUGUCACUGGUUGAUAAUUUCCUAAAUUACGUGGCGAGUGUUUUUAUUUAUUUAUGUUUUCAGAUAAAUAACAGUCAGUAUAACUCGCAUUCUUUGGAUUAUGACAGAGACGCGCAGAGCGCGCUCUUUCAACCGCCGGAACACCUUUUAAAAAUGAUUACGUAUCACUCCGCUAAUGUUGAGUAGAAUAUUUUGAUUUUGCUUCUGAAGGGUUACGAACAGCUGCAGAGAAACCAAAGAUAUACUAGGGUAUCACCUCAAUAAAAGAAACUAACGUUUGUCAUAAUUGGUUUAGUGAUGAUUUAGUUUAUAGAACUGCUUUUCCCGGCGGCAGCUUCUUAUUUUCCUUCCUUACAACAUGUGAUGACGUUUGUGGCGCCAGAAAUCAAGGGUUUAGAGAGAAGCUACUGUGUGCGCAAGUGUGUCAGUUUGUUGUUAGACUAUGUUUACCGUUAUUUUUACCGUGUUCCGUAUACCGUGCUACUAAUUAAAGAGUAGAGUAGCUGCUAUCUAACCAUCCUAGUGCUGCUAUAACGUUAACCUCCGUCUGCAGUCAAAAUGGUGAUGCUACGCAGCAGCGGCAACAACGGAGCUGAGCCGGUAACUGCUCCGAAGCGGCGGUCCAUGGACAUGGAUACGAGCUCCGACUUUCUGUCGCUGCUUCCCGCGUCACAGAGAAAGUCCGCUCGAGUGACCCGCUCCAACCGAUUGCUGGAGGAUAGUUUUAGUAGCCCCGAACACAACCUGGUAAAUGGACAUGUCAGUAUGGUACAGGAUGAGGCGAAUGGCUUCAAUCACACUCCCAAAACCAGAAGACAGAGAGCAAGGCAGGAAAUUGACUUUGCUGAGAGUGAGCUGAAAAGCAGCUCACCUAUAAUUGGGGACAAAGCUGAGGACUGCUGCACCAGGAAAUCAUCAAGGGUGCAGAGAGAAGUAAACGUCUCCAACGACAGUCAGCCAAGAGACAUUCCUGAUGAAGUGGAGGGGUCAUCUACUCCAAAGAGGAGUCGCUUUAACCUACAAAAUCGUGAAGUGGAAGAGGAGGAGGAGGAAGAGGAGGAGGAUCACCCAGUGAGACGAAGCUCCCGAAUUACCAGAUACAAGUUAGACUCCCGCAACCAGUCGGUGCUUUAUGAUCGUCUAAUUACUAACACUGCUGAAGCAGUCCUCCAAAAGAUGGAUGACAUAGAAAAGAUGAGAUGGAGGCUGAGGAGCAGAGACAGAGAAACUAAAGAACAAAUUGGUGUUUACACUCGGAGUCAAAUGAGAAGAUUACUAAGGACAAAUGUGGAGAGUAAAGACACUAAGGAGAAAAGCAAAGGAGUGAAUGAUGAUCAUAUUGAUGAAGAGGAGGAGGAGGAAGAAGAAGAGGAUGAGGAAGAAGAUGAUGACGAUGAGGAUGAUGAUGAUGAUGCGGACGAAAGAGAGGAGGAGGAAGAAGAAGAAGAAGAACAUCAGAGGCGCUAUGAUUUCAGACAGCGAAAGGCAGUAGUGCGAUACCAGGCUCCACAGGAUGAACCCAGAGAGACCAGGAAGCGUACCAUGUACUUCAAGGACCACUCGUCUCCAACCAGACGCAGGUUCUUGUUCAGCUCCACAGCCCCUAGGAGCCCUUACAACAAUAUAAGAACCAGCAGGAGUAGUUCCGAGAGAAGGAGACAUGCCAUCCAUAGCAGUGACUCCACUUCCUCAUCUUCAGAUGAUGAGAAAUUUCAGAGACGGAGAAGUAUUAACAGGAGUCGCUCAGUCAACAGAUGUCUACCAAUGAACCUUGUAAAAGAUGACCUGCUGGGAAUCCAGAAGGAUCGGAUGAAGAUAGGAGCCAGUCUGGCUGAUGUGGACCCGAUGCAAAUAGACAGAACAGUGCGCUUUGACAGCAUCGGAGGUCUGAACAGACACAUCUCUGCCCUGAAGGAAAUGGUAGUCUUCCCUCUUCUCUACCCCGAGGUCUUUGAGAGAUUCAAGAUACAGCCACCCAGGGGCUGUCUAUUCUAUGGACCUCCAGGCACAGGAAAAACCCUUGUAGCCAGAGCUCUGGCUAACGAGUGCAGCCAGGGCGAAAGAAGAGUGUCUUUCUUCAUGAGAAAAGGAGCUGAUUGUCUCAGUAAGUGGGUGGGAGAAUCUGAGAGACAGCUACGACUGCUCUUUGACCAGGCUUAUCAGAUGCGUCCAUCAAUUAUUUUCUUUGAUGAAAUCGAUGGUUUGGCCCCAGUUCGGUCGAGUCGUCAGGACCAGAUCCACAGCUCCAUUGUGUCAACCCUCCUGGCUCUAAUGGAUGGAUUAGACAGUAGAGGAGAAAUAGUUGUGAUUGGAGCCACUAACAGAUUAGACUCCAUUGAUCCAGCGCUAAGAAGACCAGGACGCUUUGACAGAGAAUUUCUUUUUGGCCUCCCUGAUAGAGAGGCAAGGAAGGACAUUUUGAAAAUCCACACCAGACAGUGGACUCCUUCUCCUUCUGAAACUUUUCUGGAAGAAUUGGCAGAGAAAUGUGUUGGAUAUUGUGGAGCAGACAUCAAGGCAGUGUGUUCAGAGGCAGCACUGUGUGCGCUGCGCCGACGCUACCCACAAAUCUACUCCUCAUCACAGAAGCUGGUGCUGGAUGUCAACUCAAUUAACAUCACAAACAAGGACUUUUUGUGUGCCAUGUCCAAGAUGGUACCAGCUGCUCAGAGAGCUGUAGUUUCACCAGCUAAGGCCCUGAUUUCUGCCGUCCGUCCUUUACUGAACACUACCUUGCAGAACAUCCUUUACAUGGUCCACAGAGUGUUUCCUCAUGCUGAGGAGGGGUUGAAGAGGAGAAGUCUACAAGAUGCAGCCUGCACAGUGUCAGAGGAUGAGUUGGUUUUCAGUGAGGAGGAGGUUGAAGAGGACUGCUCCACCAGACAAACUCAACAAACUCAGCAUAGCACAUGUACUCUUAAGGGACUACUUAACCUUGACAGUGUCCUGAGCCAGCCCACAUCCUACCGUCCCAGACUGUUGCUGGAGGGCAAGUCAGGCUCUGGUCAGAGUUCACAUCUGGCUCCUGCUGUUCUUCAUGCUCUGGAGAAAUUCACUGUCUACACGCUGGACUUAGCUGUACUAUUUGGAACUAGUGUAACUGCACCAGAAGAGACUUGUGCUCAGAUCUUUGUUGAAGCAAAGCGUACCUCUCCAAGUAUUUUAUACAUCCCUCACAUUGGACAGUGGUGGGAAACAGUAGGUCCUGCCUUGCGUGCCACCUUCCUCAGUCUCCUCAGCUCCAUCCCUGCCUUCUCGCCAAUCCUACUACUGGCCACCUGCAACCUCAGAUAUAAUCAACUUAGUGUGGAGAUUCAGGAGUUGUUCCGAGCAGAGUAUGGGGAGGUUUUUCAUGUCCCAGUGCCUACAAGUAAAGAAAGAAGAGACUUCUUUGAGGACCUGAUACUUAACCAGGCUGCUAAAGCCCCUGCCUCUAAAAAGAAAGCAGUGCUUCAAGCCUUGGAGGUGCUUCCUGUGGCUCCUCCACCUCCUCCACGCCAGUUAACAGAAGAGGAGACCAGAAAACUGGAGGAGCAGGAAGAAGACACCCUCCGGGAGCUCCGCCUUUUCCUGCGUGAUGUCACCAACCGACUCUCCCAAGAUAAACGUUUUAAGGCUUUUACAAAACCUGUGGAUUUGGAGGAGGUUCCAGAUUAUGCUAAGGUGAUCAAAAAGCCCAUGGACCUUUCAAAAGUUCUCACACAGAUAGAUCUGCAUCAUUAUGGAACAGUGAAAGAGUACCUCCGAGAUGUGGAUCUCAUCUGGCAGAAUGCCUUAGAAUACAACCCUGACAAAGACCCUUCAGCCCUUGAGUUACAGGUACCUGCAGAAAGAGAACAGAGAGGAGAGAGAAGAGGCACAAACUGGAGAGAAGAAAGAGGAAAAGAUCGUCAGAUCCGCCACAGAGCAUGUGCACUGAAGGACACUGUCCACGCCAUCAUCAGAGAGGAACUAGAUGAAAACUUUGAGAAGAUCUGUGAAGAGAUCAAAACAUCACGCAGUACAAGAGGUUCUGGUUGCAAUACUGGACAGUUUACUCCGUCCUUUUACCACAUCCUUCCUCAACAGCCUUCAGAAGUAAGGACCACAAACAUGACCCCCCAAAGAGAUACAGCUGAUACCACACCUGCUGUUACUCCAUCUUCAAGUCCCCCUGCUGUAAAACCCCCUAAAUCCACAGUUAAUCGGAAAAAAAGACGAAGACGCUGGGCCACUGGUAGAUAUAUGAAGAAAAAAUCUCUUUCUCCUCACACGUCCAAAGAUGAUUCAUUGUUGAUUUCAGAUGAGAAUGAAGAUGAUGAAGACAGCAAUGGGGAGGGUGAAAAAGCUCAGGAAGGCAAAACAGGACCUGCUGAGAAUGAACAGAGCGGCCGAAAGGUCAUGGACAAACCGGGACAAUUAAAGGACAAUAAAAUGUUAACACACAGAGCGGAUGUGAGAAGCACAAAGACUUCAGUAGAGGUGGGCAGAAAAGAGAGAAGUGAGAGAACAAAGAUGAGAGAACAUCAUAGUGAGCCACUGGAAGCAUACAGUAAUGACUUAAAGACGUCAGAACGAAGAAGUCGUGGAGAGCCAAUGGAGAUUGAAACUAUGACCACAGAUGCUUCUGCAGCUGUGAGAGGGGAGGAGGACUGCCUCACUGAGCGGAGUGUGAGUAAAAUGACUCGGGGUCUAAAGAAUGCCGUGCAGCAACAGCAGAUAAUAGAUGUCGACAAAGCUCUGCAGAUCCCGGAUCAAGAAGUUCCUCCUCUGGUGGUAGACACAGAGAAAUUAAAGGACCUCUUGAAAAGGGUGGUGGCCAAGACUGAGGGUUUUGUGGUCUACAAGCUGGAGAAACUCUACGCACUCCUUUGCCAGAGCAUUUACAGACACAGGCGAAAUCAUAACAAAACAGCACUAUUACAGGAGAUGGAACAGGAGAUUCAAGACUUCUGUUGAUGCUUCACUUGGAAACUAAUCAUAUCUUUUAGACAAUCACCUCACCCCCAAAUUUAUAAAUAUGCAUAAAUGGUUCUAUUUUAAUAUAACAAGCAUUUGCUAUUUGUGCAUGGGCUAAAAAUUUGGUAACCCCUUUUUUUGUGCUAAUUUUUAAGUUAAUACAUUUAUUUUUAAAUGUCUCUCUGCAAGCUCAGGAUUUAGAUGGAUGCUGCGUCUGCCAAAUUGUGUGCACAGGGCAUUUGUUUUGGAAAGAACUGUGUUUACUUUUUAUUCUGGUUAUUCAAGAAAUUUGGUGGUUGACUGAAUGGGAAAACUGAAAAUGAAAUGAGUGUGCUAACAAGAGGGCAUAACUAACAUUCACUCAUCUUCUAACUACAGCGUGAGAUAGAUGAGUGCAUGUGUGAUCAAACAAACAUUUGGACCAAUAAAACCAACGCUAUGCAGUUGGAAAUGGAAAAUC